AGCGGUCGAGGACGGUCGGCUCGUUCGAGGAGUCGGAGUCUAGAGCCAGAAAACGUUGGACUGCAGCGAGUACGCGAGUCAGUCGAGCUCCGAUGCGCUCAGCGACAGGUCGAGCCUAGGAGCGAUCUAGCGAUCUGGCAAUUGGCCGCGGAUGAUUGAAGCUUCGACUUCGAUUGGAAUUUACGAUAAAGAAUUCUAAAAUUUUUCAUUUUACGAAAUUGACCACCGAUCGGAUUACGGGACGAGUGUGGACGUUAACGAAAAAGAAAAGAACGUGGUUUUUAAGAAUUUUUGGUUUUUUAAUCAACAAAGUGAUUCGUUCGCCGUCAUCAAUCGCCGUCGAAGAAGCUUUGGAUUAUUUUUACUACCUACCUGUGAAGUGUGAAAUAAUAUAUUAAAUAAAUACGAAAAAACAUUGUUUUUCAAAAUAGUGGAGAGGAUAGUUAAACUUGAUUAAAACAAGAUUGUAUACGCCCGGUUUCGUCUCUCUGAGGUGAGAUUGUAACGUUUAAAUCAUGGUGACCGGAGUUGGUGCUACGAUGCCAACCGGAGGUGUCACGGUGGGCUCUGCGCCACAGACCCAACACGUGCCUCAGGAGGCAGGACAACCUCCUGCUCAGACUGCGACUUCAACCACCAGACGAUCCGGGGAAAAUCGACGGAGCAAUAAACCGAUAAUGGAAAAACGUCGUCGGGCUCGGAUUAACAACUGCCUGAAUGAUCUGAAGACCCUGAUACUCGACGCGAUGAAAAAAGACCCAGCGAGACACUCGAAGCUGGAAAAAGCUGACAUCCUCGAGAUGACGGUAAAGCACCUGGAGACGUUGCAGCGUCAGCAAGUAGCUCUUGCGGCGGCGACAGACCCGAACGUGCUGAACAAGUUCCGUGCCGGAUUCACAGAAUGCGCAGGAGAAGUCGGCCGGUUCCCAGGCCUCGAGGCGUCGGUGAAGCGACGUCUGAUGGCGCACUUGGCCUCGUGCCUGGGCCCCGUCGACUCGACGACGACGUCGAACGGCCAGAGCGGACAGCAGCCGGUGCAGCCGGCGGCGCCGGCGACCCAACUCCAGGUCCACAUCCUGCCGCAGGUCGACGCAACACCCAGGAUCCAGGUCCAGCAGUCGAACGGCAUCUUCUUCACGAACGCCAACGGGACGGGACUCCAGUUGGUACCGACGCGCCUUCCCAACGGCGACAUCGCCCUCGUUCUGCCCGCUGGCGCCAAGGCGACACCCGUCGCGUCACCGUCGGCAUCGCCGGCCCCCGCGUCGCCUUUACCCACCCUGAUACCGAUCCCCCAGAGGACGGCCUCAACCGCGUCGGCAUCCUCGUCCUCUUCCUCGACGAGCUCUACCUCCACCUCGGCCGGCAGUCCCGUUGCCUUUGAGGCGCCCCCGCCCACAUUCAGGGAGCAGAAUUCACCCUUCACCACCACCGCAAGCCACAGAGACGUCGCCACUUCACCGGCGAACGGAUACACCAGCGACCCUGAGUUCGAUCCCCGGGUCUACAGUGCGCCACUGCAGAAACCUCUCGCUCUCGUUAUGAGGAAGAGCGUCGUUCCUGAGGUCGAGGACAAACCCUGGAGACCUUGGUAAGGAGGAGAUUUAUCGAGGAUUUACCUUAACGCGCCUGUGCGAAUCGAGAGUUGAGAGAAUAUCGAUGACUUGGGCUUCCCCGACAAAGACUAAUUGAUCUUCGUUUUUAUUUUGACUUUGAUUGGUUGUUAUUUUUUUUUUUUUUUUAUGAUUUUCAUUCAUUUUCUUAUUUCCAACGAGAAUGAUGUAACGACUUAGAGCUUAGGGAUGUAGAGUGUGAGUGUCUCCGCGAUGUCGGCCAGUAUAAUAAUUAACCUGUUGGGCAGUGCCUUGAACAGUGCCUUUGUUGUAGAUCGUGUAUCUAGAGUUGUUUUGUAUAUAUAGAGAUAUUUGCCACUUGUGGACUUUAACCGAGACUAAUUGACGAUGGAUAAGAGUAAGAAGAAAUGAAAAUAUAAAUGUGUAAUGGUUUGGUUUUUUUUCUACUAACGGUUCGGAAACCUAUUUGAUUGAAACUUAGUUGAACCUUGACGAUCCGACAGUUUAGAAAUGUAAAUAUAGUAAACCGUAAAGUGUAGGUAUAACGUACGUUAUUGUACCCCCGUCACCCUCUACGAUUAUUAAACUAUAUAAGUGCCUUACGCAACAAGAAUCACUCAAGUCUUCCAUUAAUAAUAAUUAAUACCUUAUAUGUUUCUUGUGUACGUAAAUCGCGCUGCAGAGAAAAAAAACGUUUAAACAGAAUAAAAAUAAAAUGUGUAAUAACGUUGUGUAAAUUAUAAUAGAUGUAUAAGAAUUUUGUAAUUAAUUUGUUAUGAUUAUCUGAUUAGACGGUUUAGUGAUGUAAGAAAUUGCGAGAUACGACGAGAAAAAGUUGACGAAAGAAUAUGUAGAGGAGAGGAGAUAUAGGUAGAUAAGAAAGAGAAAGAGAGACAGAGAGAGAGAAAGAGAGGACGUAUGUAAGAAUGUUUUAUUUAUAUUUAUGAGUGUAAAAGAUUGAGUUUAUUAUUCCUGUCUAUUAUGACGAUAGAAAAGCACGCUUAUUACAACAAGAGUGUCAAAUAAAUUGAUCUCUUUAUUAAAACCUUUAA